UGGCCUUCCAUCUCUUUCCAUAGUUUUGCCUCUCUUCCUGCAUCUCACCACCUGAUUUUGGUGCUUAAUCUAUCUGAUUCUUUUUUUUUUUGGUGUUCCUGAUUGCAGUGGGUGAUUAGGUGCUGAACACAAUCCAAUCCAAUCCAACAAGAAGAACAAAAAGAACAUCGGAGUGGUUGCUGCUGAGCUCAAUCAAAGCUCCUUCCUCAAGACACGAUGAUGAGCUACAAGAGCCAUGAAGGAUUUGGGCAGGUUGCUGCUGUGACCAGCCAGGCCUCCAAUGGAGGAGCCUCACUGUCAUGGUGGGCAGGGCCCCAGCUGCUGUUCGGCGAGCCACUGGGGCAGGGGAAGCCGGCCAUGUCGCCGGAGGGCGUCGUGCCGAGAGCCCAGACUCCCUUGGAUGCUCCAGUUCCGCCCAUGGACAGGGGUGUCCCUGAAGUUCUUGACUUCUCCAUGGUUCCAGGUAAAGGAGACAAGGGUUCUGAGCACUCCACCACUAUUGCUCUGCAGUCACCAUUUGCAGAAUACAGUGGCUGUUUUGAGCUGGGCCUUGGUCAAUCUGUGGUUUCCUCUAAUUAUCCUUAUGCUGAUCAGCAAUAUGGCCUACUUUCUCCUUAUGGAGUGCGACCAAUGCCUAGUGGGCGAAUCCUUAUUCCACCAAAUAUGCCAGCUGAUGCACCAAUUUAUGUGAACGCAAAACAGUAUGCAGGCAUUCUUCGGCGUCGUCAUGCUCGUGCCAAGGCGGAGAGGGAGAAUAGGCUGGUCAAAGACAGAAAGCCAUAUCUUCACGAGUCACGACACCUUCAUGCGAUGCGUCGUGCAAGAGGCUCUGGUGGGCGCUUCCUCAACACGAAGAAAGAGACCGGCGGGAAAACCACUGGCGGGGGCAGGAAGGCGGUGGACAUCAUCCCACCUCUACCUGCCGCCACAACUCCCAGCUCAGAGAUCCAGCACUCUGAGCAGUGCAACCGAAGCAGUGUCUCCAGCCUUUCUGGCUCCGAGGUGACUAGCAUAUAUGAACACGAAGACGCGGAUCACUUCCACAGCUUUGAGCACCUCCGCACACACUUCUUCACGCCGCUCCCGAGCAUCAUCGACGUGGAGCACGGGGCCGGUAACCCCUUCAUCAAGUGGGCAGCAACCUCUGACGGCUGCUGUGACCUCCUCAAAGCAUGACUAGAGGGGGGAUACACCGGACAGCCGAAGCUGGCAAAACUCCAGCAGCAGCAUCUGCUGGAAACAAUGCCCAGCUCCAGGCCAGGGAUUGUCCCUGCUGGUAAUUUGGCUGUCUGUAGGCAACUCAUUCUUGGCUGAUCGGCAUUCUGGCGCUUUCGCUCAUCGCCUACUUGUCCCUGAAACUCCAGCACCGGUUUUCUGGGAUCCUGCGAUGAUCGGAACGCCACUCUGUCUGUAAAAAAAGAAGAUCAUCUAAGCUGCUGCUACUUGCUACCAGUAUCUGAACUGUGUAACACGGUAGCAAGCUUAAGCUAGCAGCAAGCUGAAUAAAGUCUGGAACUUUGUGCUGGUUCCAGUGAUUGUGGUGUGCUUGGAACCUGAUAAUUAUUAUUGGGACCUGGCUUUGUUGAUGUACUCAAUGAACUACUGUAGUAUUUGCUUGAAGCUUGUGUGGGAUUGGCGUGUGCUUUGUAUUGUUAAAAACUGAAAUGUACUAGUAUGUAUUAAGACC